GACCUGAUUGACAAAAUGGAGGAAGGAAAAAGCAAUUUAGAUAUUGACACCAAUGGUGUCAGCAGUGAAAAUGGACACAGUUCCACAUAUAAAAUGGAAAUUGGAAUUGCAAAGCUAGACAAUUCUUAUUUAGAGAACCACCUACAGUGUGCCAGAGUUGUGCAGAAUCCUAUGUCUCAGGAAUCCUUAUCUGGAAGGGAGGACUUGUUUAAUCUGUCGUCAGUAGGUGGGACUAUUUCACCAGGGUAUCCAAACGAUGAGUAUGAGGAGAUAGGUAAUGUGCAGAAGGGAGAUAACUCCUCAGAGGACAUGGAAAGAAGCAGGAGCCUCAGUUCUGAGGAUGUGUUUGCUUCUGGUGACUUUGAUGACUACUUGGACCCCAUUUGUUCACCUAAGUCUGUUAAUAAUGAUGAUUCUGGUCCUGGGAGUCUCAACACUGUGAAUGUAAAUGAUCCCCCUAUGAUCAUUAUGACCCCCACUCAUGAGUAUGAAGAUUUAUCUCCUGUUAGCCCACAAGAAGUUUGUACAAGUUACACCAGCCUCACUCUAAAAACACCCAAUCAAAGUACCGUGAGUGACAGUACUGAUGCCAAAGAGACAAAUAUUUAUGAUAACUGUGAUAUUUACGAAAAUGACAUACAUGUACCAAGGAUUACAACCAUAGGACAUAGUAAUGUGAGUAAUAGAAAGGAAGGGAAGGGAAAUCUUGUUGACAUAGAAAACAGUUCUGAUGAAAAAGAAAAUGUGGAGAAGAAAAGUGGAGGUAUGAAUGAACUUGCAAAUGAAUCUGAAAUGGACUUUUUAUCGGAUAAAAUUGAAGAUAUGCAGGAUAAUUUCUCUGUAAGAAGCAUCCAAGGAUCAGUUGCAAACUUGGGUGAUGUUUCUUGUGAUGUCUUUGAGGAAAGUGGAAAUGUAGAUGAAAUUGAAGACGACAUUGAUGAUGAUUCUAAUUCAGAUAAUCAAGGUGAAUUCGAUUUCACCUCAUUGGAGCAACAAAACGAAGUUGAAGAUGAGUUGGAUAGAUAUGUACCUAUGGAGAAUGUGGGUGGAAACUUUAAUGCAUCAGAAAAGGAUGAAAAAGUUGAAGCAAAAUUUGAAGACAAUUUGAAGGAUGACUGUUCUGUGCUAAGUAUACAAGGAUCAGUGUCUUAUUUGGAUGACAGUGUUUCUUAUUUCACAGAAAAUGUAGAUCAGCAGCUGAGUGGCAUGAACGAGACUAUAAAUGAAUUUGAAUCUGACAUUAUUCCUAACGAGGCUGAAGAUGAUAUAAAGGACAGCUGUUCUAUGGGAAGCAUCCAGGGGUCAGUGGAUUACUUAGAUGAUGAUAUUUCCUGUGAUGUUGUAGAUGAGAGUAGAAUUGUUGAUGAAAUGGAGGACAUUGAAGAUGAUUUUGAUACAACUGAUUCAAAGAAUCAAGGCAAAAUAAACUUCAGUGCAUUAGAGGAAAGAAAUAGCCAAACUCAGGAUGAAUUUAAUAGAUAUAAAUAUAUGAGAAACAAUGAUGAAGGCUUAAGUACAUCUGAAUUGGACAACAAAAGUGAAGACAACUUGAGGGAUAACUGCUCUGUUAUAAGUGUCCAAGGAUCUGUGUCGUAUUUAUAUGAUAAUGUCUCUUGUUUCACUGAUGACCUUGUAAGCAUUGGUAAAAGUGAUUCUGAAUCUGAUGAAAACAUUACAGAACCUCCCAAGAUAAAAGUCAUAGAAGAAAAACAGAACUAUAAAAAAUUUUCCAGAGAUGAUGAUCUUGUUUUUAGUAAAAGUACCACAGACUCAGAUUUAGAUCAAAUUCCAUCAAACUUGGUAAAAAGGCUAUCUCAACAAUUUUCUAAGUCAAUGGGGGACUUGAGAUAUGUGCCAUUUUCUUUUUCUGCAAGAAAAACAUCUCUACCAAAAAUAUAUAAGGAAGAAGAAAAGGGACCAAAAGGACAGAAGACCACGAGAACUAAGGAGGAGGAAACAAGAGUAGAAGAGAGUGAGACUGGUCAAAAGACGACAACGACAACAAAAACGACAACAGUUGUCCAGAAUGGAGACAUCAGCAAUGGUCCACAAGAGGUUGAGGAGGAGACUAAGACCAGAAAGCCCACAGUUCAGGAGGAAAUUAUGUCAGUGGAAGGAGGGGUCUAUGAGAAUGAACCUGUCCAUGAGCCUGGAGUGGUGAGGGAGAGUGAUCCCAAAAACAUUGGGGAGGAGUUACCAGAGGUGGGCACAGCCAAGAGCAUGCUACAGAGGUUCACCCAGAUCCAGGAGGACUCCAAAAAACCUGUGGUCGGGAAAAGGCAGGCUACCCCACCCAGAGGCUCUGGCCCUGUGGAGUAUGUCAGUGAACCAAGAGCUGUUAUUGAAAAACCAGAGCAGAAGCUUGAAGGAGGAAUUUUCGAGAAUCAGCCUGUCUCUGAAGAGGGAGUUGUGAAGUCGUAUGACACAGUUGAAGAUGUCAAACCAGAGCAGGGAUACGCUAGAAAUGUGUUGGCCAAGUUCAAGGAAAUAGAAACUCAAGUUAAGAAUCGUCCUCCUCCAUCACCAAAGAAGGAGCUAACUCCAGACCGAUUUACCAAGGGGGAGUAUGUCAGUGAGCCUAGGUCCACUUUUCAGACAUACGAAGGAAAAACAGAGUCUGGCAUUUUCGAAAGUCAACCUAAAGAAGACAGAGAUGUUGUCAAGUCAUAUGAACAUGAACAGGAGGUUUUACCAGAGCAAGGCACAGCCAGGAAUUUAGUUUCGAGAUUCAAAGAGUAUGAAUCAAAAAGCAAAUCUCCAUCUACACCAAGAGAAAAGAAAGAGUUGACACCUGACAGAUUCACAAAAGGAGAAUAUGUGUCUGAACCCAGAGCAACCUUUGAGCAGUAUGAAGGGCAAGUAGAAGCUGGUAUAUAUGAAAGUAAGCCAGUGGAAUGUCCAGAGAUUGUCAAAUCUGGAGAAUAUUAUGAGGAACCUUUACCAGAACAAGGUUAUGCAAAGAAUGUUAUUUCCAAAUUCAAGGACAUUCAAAAAGGUGCAGGAUCACCCAGCAGUUCACCAGCAAAUAAACCAAGGGAAAUAACUCCACCUAGACAAGACACAUUCUCUGGUGUUUUGGAAAAUAAACCCCAAGAAAGGUCAGAUAUUGUCCACUCAUAUGAUGUCCGUGAAGAAGAUAUGCCUGAAACAGGAACCACUCGAAAUCUGUUGAACAAAUUUAGGGAAAUCCAGCAUUCAGGGUCCAACUCCCCAGCUUCACCAAGGUUAAAGAAGGAAUUCACGCCCCCACCCCAGUCAGGCAUUUAUGAAAACACCCCUCAGAAACAUUUGACGGUGGAACAGAGAGAGGCAGAAAGUGGAAUUUUAGAAAACAACCCAGACAGGAGAGAGGGUGUGGCAAGAGAAGAGGAACCAUCUGCUGGGACAGUUGAGUUCCCAGAGAGAGGCUACGCAAAAAAUAUGGUAUCUAAAUGGAAACAACUUGAAACUGAGCAUAGCAAAUCCGCUUCUCCCUCACCAAGAUACAAAGAAUUCACCCCUCCAAGGGAGGAACCCAGAAUUAAGAGUCCUCUGAGUCCCAAAUCACCCGCCGGAACCAACAGCAGUGUUCAUCCUCGGGAUUUACCAGGUCAGUACCAAGAACAAGGGGGUCCAGGAAUCUACGAGAACCAGCCAACGCACCGUGCAGACAUUGCCAGAGAGGAUGAGACUGAUUGGAGUGAAGGCCUGCCAAAGGAGGGCACCAGCAAAUCCCUCAUCAGCAAGUUCCGAUCAGUGCAGGAGGAGGCAAAGAAGUCCCAGGAAGUGCCUAAGCCCAUCUCCAGGAGGGAUUCUGCAGAUAGUCCAAGGAGUCCGAAAAAGAAGAUGUUUGAGGAGCGCAGUGACUCGCCAGAAAGAGGCGAGAAUACCCCCACCUCCGUAGGAACAGAUGAUGAGUCAAAUGUGGCUCCCUCUACAGGCAACAAUGCAAGUCCCAAAAGUCCCUUUGUCGCCGUACAGUUGGAGAAGUGUGCGGCAUGUCAGAAAACCGUCUAUGCCAUGGAGAAGAUCGAAAUGAAUAAAAACUGCUACCACAGAGCGUGUUUUAAAUGUUCCCACUGUAACUCACGAUUAACGGCCAAAACGUUCAGCAUGAAUGAAGGAGUUAUGUACUGCACUAACCAUUUUAAGCAACUUUUUGCCAGGAAAGGGAAUUAUGAUGAAGGAUUUGGACGUCAACAACACAAAAAGCGUUGGCAAGGUGACCAACCAAAUGGAGAACAACAGACAGUUCAGGAGGCCACCGCUUGAUGUUGUGUGCUUUAUUUUUUGUCAAUAUGUAAUUCUUUUGUUUUGUAUUAUUGUAUGAUAUGAUAUAUUGCCAUUUCAUUUGCCCACAUUAUAGAGACAUAUUAUCAUUUUGAAAGAAUUUGAUGUGCACAUGAAAUGAUAAGUAUCAGUGAGGAAAGAGGGGACACAACUCUCUUAGGUUGACAGAUAGAACAAACAUUGUCCAGUGCUGUUGAUAACUAGUAUGUUGGAAUUAUUAGGAGUGCUUUUUGAUAUUUUUGUCCAUGUUCAAAAUACCACAAUUCAUGUAUUACAUGUAUUCAUUCUUAGGACAUUCAAGGAUAAUUACAUGCCUGCAUUUACAAAUUUUGAAUUGUUGUCAAAUAUAUUUCAAACUUGCAAAAAAAUCGUUUGGAAAAUACCUUUAUACAGAGGUACAAAGCAAGUGUCUCUCUUAGCAUAAGAUCUCAGGCAUGUGUGGUCUUCCAUUGAAGUGAGCGAGUGCUUGGACACACCAUGAAAAUUAGAAUCAUUGCAUUGUUUAAAGAUCAUUGAAAUAGGCUUUAUAUUUGAUAUUGUCUGGAAUGUGAUAAAGGAACAGAUGUAUUAUAUUAUACUGAAAAGUGUGACAUAUGAGUGCAAUUUUUUUUAUUAGGUAAUUUGAAUUGUUUGCAAAACUUUAUAACAUCACUUUAUAUACUUUUGGGGAUUUACCUUGCUCAUCCGCAAGUUUCUAUUUUUGUCAUUCAUGUAUUAUUUUUAUAUAUUACAUCACACAAAGACUGUCUGAAAGGCAGAUAUGUAGGUGAACGAUAGUAGGUGAUUUAUUCAAUAGAUAAUAUAACAUAUUUAAAAAGAAAUUUUUAUAAUUUUUCCAUUCAUUUUUAAAUCUGUUGAAGUUUGUAUGAAUGAGUUUCAAUCAAUUUAUUAAGAAAAAAAAAUCUAUGCAUCUGUUUAAUUCCCCCCCCCCUUUUUUUUUAGUUUUGUUUAUUUAAAAAAAAUAUAAGUACAUGUACACGUAUGUGAAUGCAAGUUGCUGUAAGUGAUCUUUGACAUUCUUAUUUUAGUCAUAUAUUUGAUUAGAUUAUUGAAACUGCUUCAAACUCGAAUGUUAAUUGUGAAUAAUAAAAAAAGCUGCUUUGUGUAUUGUUAGUAAUGAAAUCGUGUGACAUAUUUAGUCACACUGAAAACAUGUGACAAUCGGGUUUGAGUUUUAUAAUGCUGGUCUCAUUUCCCAUAAUCAUUAAGAUUAAUUUAUAUGUGCUUUCGACCUUAAAUUACAAGCUAUAGCAAAUAUUACUGCAUAGGACUUUUGCAAUAAAAUCUUUUUCAGUAAAA